AUGUUUGUGGUGCUUGUGCAGCCCAACAUCUCUCUCAGUGCCCCAGAUGGAGGGCUGUUCUGGGGGCCUCAGGGGCCAGAGGUGACCUGGGGCCACAGCCUUUCCCUCAUCUGCUCUACUGAGCCACAGCACCAAGGAGGCUCCUUCCACCUCAUCUUUGAUGGGUCUAACAGCACCAGGACUCAGCUCGCCAUCAACCACUCAGCCUCCUUCUACAUUCCUGAGGCAGACUACUCCCACCAGGGCAACUACAGCUGUGUCUAUGAGGUCACUGUGUCCAGCCGCACCUUCAAGUCAACACAGACAGCACCACUGACAGUCAUUGUAAGAGAAUCCUCCACUGAUAAACUGCCUCCUUCCCCAGUGGUGCUUGUGCAGCCCAACAUCUCUCUCAGUGCCCCAGAUGGAGGGCUGUUCUGGGGGCCUCAGGGGCCAGAGGUGACCUGGGGCCACAGCCUUUCCCUCAUCUGCUCUACUGAGCCACAGCACCAAGGAGGCUCCUUCCACCUCAUCUUUGAUGGGUCUAACAGCACCAGGACUCAGCUCGCCAUCAACCACUCAGCCUCCUUCUACAUUCCUGAGGCAGACUACUCCCACCAGGGCAACUACAGCUGUGUCUAUGAGGUCACUGUGUCCAGCCGCACCUUCAAGUCAACACAGACAGCACCACUGACAGUCAUUGUAAGAGGUAAACAUCCAGCACUUAAUUGUCUAUUCAGUAUUAUGUUUGUGUGUUAGUUUUCUUGUUGUUUUCUCUUGUAAUUCCCUGGUCCUUUUCCAGCAUCCCUGGCACCCAUCAUUGCAUCUGGGGUGAUUUCAGGGUUGUUCCUAUACACUGCAAAAAGUGAUUUUCAAGAAAGGAGAAUUUACUUAUUUUGGGGAAAUUAAUCUGGGUUUUUUUCUUGUUUUAGGCACUGAUAGAAAAAAUAUCUUGU